AUGGCUAAACGAUGUUUGAUAGAAACAUGCAAACGUGAAGCUGAAACUUAUUGUUAUCAUUGUUCAAACGAUGUAUGUACUAAACAUUAUUUAGAACAUAAACAAUGGAUUCAAGAACAGUUAAAUCCACUUGUUGAUGAAAUCAACUUCAUCUAUGAUCGUCUUCAUCAUGAUGAUAAAAAUCAAACAAAAUCUAUACCACAAUAUUUAAUCAAUGUAUACAGUCAACUUGAUAAAUGGAAUGCUGAUUGUCAUAAUCAUAUCGAUAUUGUCUGUCAUCGAGUUCGAAGUCAAAUUGAGAACAUUGUAAAAAGUAACCAACACGAAGAAACUCAAAAGGUAAUCUACAAUUUAGAAUCAUUAGAAAAACUGCGUCAACAACUCAAAGAAUUAUUAAAAGAAGGGGAUGUAACAUAUAGACAACUUGAAAUAAUGAAACGACAGCUAGAAGAACUAAAAAAGAAAGAACAAGAACCAAUCAGAUAUCCAGAUAUUCGCAUCAUAACUCAAAAAAUUGAUGUGAGCAAAUAUAUCGGUGUCACUACUGAUGUCAAAUAUCCGACUGAAAAACAACAACAACAACAAAAGUCAAGAAGUCCUCAGAAAAUGUCGCCAAAUAAAAAUUUUUCUAUACGUCAUCGAUUCGUUGGAUGGCCUUCUGCGGGACAAACAAUCGAAAAAUGUCCUAUGUGCUCCGAAAUAUUUCCUCUAUCCAUGACAAUGGCUGAUCGAACUGUGCAUAUAAAUGAUCAUUUACCAGAUUGA